GGUCAGCUCUGCCGGUCUCUGCAAACCGGGACAGAGUAACACCUCUGUCGCGUCCUCCCCAUCUUCGCUGGUCGCUCAGCAGGUUAGCUAACUUUUAGCGAGUGCGAAGCAGGCGCACUCAACCAGUCACACGAAACGGAUUAACCUAAACUGCACUGAAAGCAGAACGAUGUCGUUUUGCUCCUUCUUCGGAGGAGAGGUCUUUAAAGACCACUUCAAACCAGGGCUUUAUGUGUGUGCCAAAUGUGAUCAUCAGCUGUUCUCCAGCAGGUCAAAGUAUGAGCACUCGUCUCCCUGGCCCGCCUUCACAGAAACCAUCCAUGAGGACAGUGUGUCCAAACAUCAGGAGAGACCUGGGGCUUAUAAGGUGCGGUGUGGGAAGUGUGGAAAUGGAUUGGGUCAUGAGUUUGUGAACGAUGGACCGGCCAAAGGAGUGUCUCGCUUCUGAAUAUUCAGCAGCUCACUGAAGUUCGUCCCUAAAGACAAGGUUGAUGGACAGUAAGGUGAGCUGCCAGAGGGAAGUGGUACAAGAGCUGUGGAAAGUCUUCUGUGCUGCUGAAGGUGUGGACAGUGAAUGAAGCGUUCUGGGACAAAGCCCAACCUGGGACCUCCAGGACACUGAUGGACAGUGGCCUCGCUGGACAGCAAGAAGCAAGGACUGAACAGCUUUGAUAUGCAAUGAACACAAUGAUAGCUGACAGAUGCGCACAAUCAGUAACCAAAUUAGCCUCAUUGAAUAUGCAAUCGUUAUUUUGUCCUUUUGCUUUUUUUUUUGUUGUGUCUCGUGGAGAUGGCACAGACUACUCAUGAUAUUCAAAGACAAUACAUCAUUUAUUUUGGCAGAUGUAGCAAAAUGAAAUAGGAUGAAAUAUCUGUACUUUUUUAAAAAAUCACAAGAUUGCUAUUUUUAUGGACAUUGUCAUCAAGCUUUAUGUAAAUUAUUCACAUUGUUUCCCUGAUAUGAAAAACUCCAAUAAAAGUAUCUUACAUUA